GAGCUUCUGCUCACUGAUUGGUCUUUUCAGAACGGGGGCGGUUCCCCAAGGUGCCCAUUGGUGGAUACGGGAAGUUUAAACUAAGGCUGAAAGGCUGUACGAAUUUUGCUCCAGUGCAGAGCCCGCGAGUGUUUCUGAUUUUGGUUUCUGGCGCUCCUACGACCACCCGUGCGGCCUCUAGGGAAGCGGCCAGCGUGAAGUCGGAGUCCAGGCUCUGGAAAGCAGCCGGCUUGGAGCCGGCGGACGAGGCUGGCCGGGCCGAAACUGCCAUGGCGACCCGGCCGGCCGGGCGGAGCUGCUGGGAGCUGAGCCCGGCCGAGCGGAUGCCGCGGGCCGGGAGGAAGAAGCCCGCGGAGGCUCCCGAGUCCCCGGCAGUGCUAUCUCUCAGCCACUUCUGCAGGUCUCCUUUUCUCUGCUUCGGAGAUGUUCGCCCGGGAACCUCGCGGACGCUGCCUCUGGUCUUGCAAAACCCUAACGAGGAGGUGGCCGAGGUGGAGGUUGCCCACCUGCCGGCGGCCGAGCUGGGCUUCAGCGUGUGGCCGCGCCACUGCGUGGUGCAGCCUACAGAAAAAGUUGUCAUUUCCGUUAACUGGACACCACUGAAAGAAGGCCGAGUAAGAGAGAUUGUGGUAUUUCUUGUAAAUAAUGUUCUGAAACAUCAAGCUAUAUUAUUAGGAAAUGCAGAAGAGCAGAAAAAGAAAAAGAAGAGUCUCUGGGAUACCAUUAAUAAGAAGACAGUUUCAGCCUCAUCAACUCGUAACAAGAAGAUUUCAAAUACUCAAAAUAUUAAUAAAACAUUUAGUGUUUCCCAAAAAGUUGACAGAGUUAGGAGCCCACUGCAAGCCUGUGAAAAUGUGGCUAUGAAUGAAGGCAGUGCUCCAACAGAAAACAGUUCUUUAACCCUUGAAGAAAGUAAAAUACCCAUAUCACCUAUUAGCCCCGUCUUCAAAGAAUGCCAUGUUGAAACUUGCUUGCCAUUUUCUGUACGUCGUUCUACUACCUAUUCAUCUCUUCAUGCAUCUGGAAAUAGAGAACAAAUACAAGUAGAAAGUGCCAUUGUUUCAAAAGAUUUUAAUCUUGAUGAGAAAAUCAUAACAGAGCAUUCUAUAAAUACUAGUGGCCAAAGCGAAGUGAAUACCAAUCUCAUCCUUACCCCAAACUGUUCUUCACCUUUAAACAUUAUAGGAACCCAAGGAAAUUUUAUAAAUCCAGAUUCUUUUGUAACUAACUCCCAUGCAGCUAAUAAUGAUGUAGGGUUAAUGACCUGUCUGUUAUCAGAUACAAUUACUAAAGAUAAUUUGAAGACUGUUCAUUUGGAAUCCAAAACUGUACAUAAAAUUUAUCAAACAAUUUUAAGUCCAGAUUCUUUUGUAAAUGGUAAUUAUGGAUUAAAUCAUGAUCUAGAGUCAGAGUCAGUUAAACCCUUUUUAUCCCCAAGUCAAUUUGUAAAAGAUAACAUGCCACAUAUAUAUACAGCACAGCAAACAUGUAAAGAUUCACCAUUAUCAAAUGAAAACUCUCAGAUUCCUCCGUUUCCACAAGACUGGAUAAAAAGUGAAGUUUUUCCAUGUGAUCCUGAAUGUCAGGGUUCAAAAACCUCCCAAUUUAUUCUGGAAGAACUAAACCCUGAGGCAAUGAAGUCACAUUACCACAGUUUUACAAAACAAAGUCAUCCUAAAUUUUCUGCAGUUAAACAGCCUAAGAGACGCCCAAUACUUUCUGCCACUGUUACUAAAAGGAAACAAGUCUGUACUGGAGAAAGCCAGGCUGUCGUUAAUAAACCAAAAGCAAAAAGAUGUCUCAACAGUACAGUAGAGGAAUGUGAAAAAGUAAUCGAUAACCAAAAAGAAAAAGAAGCUUUUCAUAAGUAUCUUCCAGUUAUAGAUCCAGAAUUAACUACACCUCAGAGUUACAAAAGUGAAACAACUUCUUCAACAUCUUUAUUUGCUCGUAAAAGAAAAAGUGACAGAAACAUGGAAGAUGCGAAUGUGAAGGUUGUUAGAGAACAUACAGAAGUACAUAAAGUCAAAAGAAUUCAUUUUUCUCCCUCAGAAUCUAACUCAUCAACUCUUAAAACAAAAAAGAUGACAACACCCAUCUCAAAACACUUUAAAAGCAGGGAGAAAUUAAGCUCAAAGAAGAAAACUGAUUUAUUAGGAUUCAAAACUCCUACUUAUAAAACAACCAAAAGGACAAAAUCCAUUGUUGCUGUGGCACAGUCUAAUUUGACCUUCAUCAAACCAUUAAAAACAGAUAUUCCAAGACACCCAAUGCCAUUUGCUGCAAAAAACAUGUUUUAUGAUGAACGCUGGAAAGAGAAGCAGGAACAGGGUUUCACUUGGUGGCUAAAUUUUAUACUAACUCCUGAUGACUUCACAGUGAACACAAAUGUUUCUGAAGUAAAUGCUGCUACCUUGCUUUUGGGAGUGGAGAAUCAACAUAAAAUAAGUGUUCCUAGAGCACCUACAAAAGAUGAAAUGUCUCUCAGAGCUUAUACUGCUCGGUGCAGGUUGAAUAGAUUACGUCGCACGGCAUGCCAUCUGUUUACUUCUGAAAAAAUGGUCAAAGCUAUUAAAAAGCUUGAAAUUGAAAUUGAAGCUAAGCGGUUAAUUGUACGAAAAGAUAGACACCUUUGGAAAGAUGUUGGAGAACGCCAGAAAGUGUUGAAUUGGUUGCUAUCAUAUAAUCCUUUGUGGCUUCGAAUUGGCCUAGAGACAGUUUACGGAGAGCUCAUAUCUUUGGAAGACAAUAGUGAUGUCACCGGGUUGGCUGUAUUUAUUCUGAAUCGCUUACUUUGGAAUCCUGAUAUAGCAGCUGAAUAUCGGCACCCCAGUGUUCCACAUCUAUACAGAGAUGGUCAUGAAGAAGCCUUGUCCAGGUUUACACUGAAAAAGUUAUUGUUGUUGGUUUGUUUCCUUGAUCAUGCCAAGAUGUCCAAACUUAUUGAUCAUGACCCUUGUCUUUUCUGUAAAGAUGCUGAAUUCAAGGCUAGUAAAGAAAUUCUUCUGGCUUUUUCACGAGAUUUUCUAAGUGGUGAAGGUGACCUUUCCCGUCACCUGAGCUUGUUGGGAUUACCUGUUAGUCAUGUUCAGACACCAUUUGAUGAAUUUGAUUUUGCUGUUACAAAUCUUGCUGUAGACUUGCAGUGUGGAGUGCGUCUUGUGCGAACCAUGGAACUUCUCACACAGAACUGGAAUCUCUCAAAGAAACUCAGGAUGCCUGCAAUAAGUCGUCUUCAAAAGAUGCACAAUGUUGAUAUUGUUCUUCAAAUUCUUAAAUCACGAGGAAUUCAAUUAAGUGAUGAGCAUGGAAAUACAAUCCUAUCUAAGGACAUUGUGGACAGGCACAGAGAAAAAACUCUUGGGUUGCUUUGGAAAAUAGCAUUUGCUUUUCAGGUAGAGAUUUCCCUUAACUUAGAUCAAUUAAAGGAAGAAAUUAACUUUCUAAAAGACACACAGAGUAUAAAGAAAACAAUGUCUGCAUCAUCGUGCCAUUCUGAUGCUGUUAAAAAUAAGAAGAAAGACCAAGGGCAUAGUAGUACCUUACAUCACUACAGUGAGAGUGUGAAGUUAUUGAUGGAUUGGGUAAAUUCUGUUUGUGCUUUCUAUGAGAAAAAGGUGGAGAAUUUUACAGUAUCUUUCUCAGAUGGCCGUGUGUUGUGUUACCUGAUCCAUCACUACCAUCCUUGCUACGUGCCUUUUGAUGCUAUAUGUCAGCGCACUACUCAGACUGUGGAAUGCACACAGACCGGCUCAGUGGUAUUAAAUUCUUCCUCUGAAUCUGAUGAUAGUUAUUUUGAUAUGUCUCAUAAAGCACCUGAUCAUGAAAAUAAUACUGAACUAUACAAAGAACUUCUGGAAAAUGAAAAGAAAAAUUUUCAUUUAGUUAGGUCUGCAGUUAGAGACCUUGGAGGGAUACCUGCUAUGAUUCAUCACUCAGAUAUGUCAAAUACAAUUCCAGAUGAAAAGGUGGUUAUUAUGUAUUUGUCAUUUCUUUGUGCACGGCUUUUGGAUCUUCGUAAAGAAAUACGAGCUGCUCGACUUAUACAGACAACAUGGAGAAAGUAUAAAAUAAAAAGAGAUCUAAAACACCUUCAGGAGAGAGACAAAGCUGCAAGAAUUAUUCAAUCAUCUGUAAUCAGUUUUCUGGCUAAACGAAGACUAAAGAAGAAGGUUAAUGCAGCACUGAUCAUUCAGAAAUGUUGGCGAAGAGUCUUAGCACAGAGAAGAUUGUUAAUGUUAAGAAGGGAAAAACUGGAAAAAAUUCAAAAUAAAUCAGCAUCAGUUAUUCAGGGAUAUUGGAGAAGAUAUUCUGCUAGAAAAAGAUUUCUGAAAUUGAAAUAUUAUUCAGUCAUCUUGCAGUCAAGGAUAAGAAUGAUAAUUGCUCUUACAGCUUACAAAAGGUGUCUUUGGGCCACAGUUACAAUUCAGAGGCAUUGGCGGGCUUCUUUAAGAAGAAAACAGGAUCAAGAAAGAUAUAAAAUGCUAAAAUCAUCAGUACUUAUAAUCCAGGCUAGGUUCAGAAGAUGGAAGCGACGUAAAAUGCAACUGCAAAUAAAAGCUGUGGUUGUAUUACAGAGAGCUUUUAGAGAAUGGCACUUCAGAAAACAAGCUAAAGAAAAGUCUGCUAUUGUCAUACAAUCAUGGUAUAGAAUGCACAAGGAACUGCAGAAAUACAUUUAUAUUAGAUCGUGUGUUGUUAUCAUUCAGAGAAGAUUUCGGUGCUUUCAAGUCCAAAAAUUAUACAAAAGAAAAAUAAAGUCUAUCUUGACAAUCCAGAAGUACUACAGGGCCUAUCUGAAAGGAAGGACUGAGCGGACCAGCUAUUUGCAGAAAAGAGCUGCAGCCAUUCGACUACAGGCUGCUUUCAGGAGAAUGAAAGCUCAUAAUUUACAAAAACAGAUGAGGGCUGCUUGUGUUUUGCAGUCAUACUGGAGAAUGAGACAGGACAAAUUUCGGUUUUUAAACCUUAAGAACAGUGUUAUAAAAUUACAAGCGUACAUAAGAAAACAUCAACAAUUACAGAAAUACAAGAAGAUGAGAAAAGCGGCCAUUGUAAUUCAGACUCGUUUCCGAGCUUACAUUUUAGCCAAGAAAGUUCAAGCAUCCUAUAAGAAAACACGGUCUGCUGUCAUUGUUCUGCAGUCUGCAUACAGAGGGAUGCGGGCCAGGAAAAUGUUCCUUCAUAUCCUCACAUCUGUUAUAAAGAUUCAAUCAUACUAUCGUGCUUAUAUUUCCAGGAAGAAAUUUCUGAGCCUAAAAAGUUCUGCAAUAAAAUUUCAAUCAAUUUUCAAGAUGAAACAAGCACGUAGACAAUAUUUACACGUAAGAAAAGCAGCACUCUUUAUCCAGCAAUGGUAUCGUUCUCAAAAAAUGACUGCACAGAAAAGAGAAGAAUAUAUGCAGAUGCGUGAAUCUUGCAUCACAUUACAGGCUUUUUGUAGAGGCUACCUGGUCCGAAAGCAGAUGAGCUUGCAAAGAAAAGCUGCUAUUUCACUGCAGUCUUAUUUCAGAAUGAGAAAGUUGCGGCAGCACUACCUGAAAACCUACAAAGCAAUUGUUGUCAUUCAGAGUUACUAUCGUGCAUACAAAGCACAAGUGAAUCUAAGGAACAACUUCUUGCAAAUCAAAAGAGCAGCUACCUGCUUGCAAGCAGGUUACAGAGGUUAUAAAGUACGCCAAAUAAUCAAACAACAAUCCAUAGCUGCUCUUACAAUUCAGACUGCUUUUAGAGGCUACAGUAAAAGGGUAAAAUACCAAUCUGUGCUUCAGUCUACUGUGAAGAUUCAGAGAUGGUACAGGGCAUGCAUGCUUGUUUAUGAUAUGAGAAGAGAUUUUCUAAAGACAAGGGCUGCUGUGCUUUCCCUCCAGUCUGCCUAUCGUGGCUGGAAAGUCCGGAAGCAGGUCCAAAAGGAGCAUCAAGCUGCAAUCAAAAUUCAGUCUGUUUUUAGAAUGACCAAGGCCCAGAAACAAUUUAGAUUGUUAAAAACAGCAACAGUCAUCAUUCAGCAACACCUAAGGGCACUAAAUGCAGGCAGAAAGCAACGUAUGGAGUACAUUAAACUCCGUAAUGCAGUAGUGAUGCUCCAGUCCACAUGGAAAGGAAAAACCCUGAGGAGACAGAUUCAAAAGCAGCACAGCUGUGCUGUUAUCAUACAGUCAUACUACAGAAUGCAUGUGCAACGAAAGAAAUGGAAAAUCAUGAAGAAUGCGAUACGUCUCAUUGAAAUGUAUUAUAGAGCUUACAGCAUUGGAAGAAAAGAACGUCAUUUAUAUUUGAAAAAGAAAGCUGCUAUAGUAACUUUACAGUCAGCCUACCGUGGUAUGAAAGUAAGAAAAGGAAUGAAGGACCACAACAAAGCAGCAGUCACCAUACAGUCUAAAUAUAGAGCUUACAAAACCCAAAAGAAAUAUGCAACCUAUAGGGCUUCAGCCAUUGUAAUUCAGAGGUGGUAUCGAAGUAUUAAAAAUGCAAAUCAUCAACAUAAGCAAUAUCUUAAUUUAAAGAAGGCAGCAAUUAAAAUCCAAGCUGUUUAUAGAGGUAUUAGAGUAAGAAGACAUAUUCAACACUUACACAUGGCAGCCACUAGUAUUAAAGCCAUGUUUAAAAUGCAUAAGUCAAGAGUAAGAUACCAUGCAAUGAGAAGAGCAGCUAUUGUAAUUCAAAGAAGAUACAGAGCAUAUUAUCAAGGUAAAAUUCAACGUGAAAAGUACCUGACAAUUUUGAAGGCUGUUAGUACACUUCAGGCAAGUUUUAGAGGAGCAAGAGUUAGACAGGCUCUAAGAAAGAUGCAAAUCUCAGCAACACUCAUUCAGUCAUACUAUAGAAGAUACAGGCAGCAAACGUAUUUCAAUAAACUAAAGAAAGUGACAAAAACAAUACAGCAAAGAUACAGAGCAGUGAAGGAAAGAAAUGUACAGCUUCAAAGGUAUACCAAGUUGAGGCAUUCUGUGAUAUGCAUCCAGUCUGCUUUUAGGGGAAUGAAAGCUAGGAGACAUUUAAAAGCUAAGCAUUUAGCUGCUAUCCUUAUUCAGAAACAAUUUAGAGCUCUAUUGGUGAGAAAAAAAUUCCUCUCUCUUAAGAAAACAGUUAUUUGGAUUCAAAGAAAAUAUCGUGCAAAACAUCACUUACAACAGUAUCUUCAGUUACGGAAGGCAGUUAUUAAAAUCCAGGCAUCCUAUAGAGGAUGGAUGGUAAGAAAGAGGAUACAAGAAAUGCGAAGGGCUGCUACUUUGAUCCAGGCAGUAUUCAGAAUGCACAGAAACUAUGUUACAUUUAGGACUUGGAAACAUGCUGCAAUUCAAAUUCAGCGACAUUAUCGAAAAUAUAGAGCAACAAAACUGCAAAGAGAAAAUUUGAUCAGGCAAUGGCAUUCUGCUGUGGUCAUUCAAGCUGCCUAUAAAGGGAUGAAAGCAAGACAGAUUUUAAGAGAAAAACGCAGAGCUGCUGUCAUAAUACAAAGAGCAUAUAGAAGGUAUAGGCGGUAUUGUUUCUACAGAAAGCUUCAGUGGGCUAUGAAAGUAAUACAAGAAAAAUACAGAGCAAAUAAAAAGAAACAAGAAACACUUCAACACAAAGCCUGUAAGGAAGAAGAAAUUUGUGUUCAGGCAACUUUUCAGGAAAUAAACUCAAGGAAACAAGUUCAGAAACAGAAUGAGGCUGCCAUUAUUAUUCAGAAGCAUUUUAAAGGCUUUAAAACAAGGAAACACUACCUCCACCUUAGAGCUACUGUAAUUUCUGUUCAAAGAAGAUAUAGAAUGUUAACUGCCACCAGUACCCAAGCAGAUAUUCGUAUACAGACUUCUCACAGAGGCUUUCAGGACGGAGAGUUCUGUUCUGAGAGUCAGGCUGCACUGAUAGGUCAGAAAGCUUUUCAUAAGAUGACCAUGAGAAAACUGAACACACAGAAAUGUGCUGCCCUGCAAAUUCAGUCUUUCCUUCAGAUGGCUGUGUUUCGAAGAAGAUUUAUUCGGCAGAGAAGAGCUGCUGUCACUUUACAGCAUUUCUUCAGGACAUGGCAAACCAGAAAACGGUUUUUACAAUACAGGAAGGCAGCAGUGGUUUUACAAAAUCACUACCGAGCUUUACUGUCUGCAAAACAUCAAAGACAACUUUAUUUACAAAUCAAAAGUAGUGCUAUUAUUAUUCAAGCUGUAAUGAAAGGGUUUAUACAGAAACGGAAGUUUCAAAAAGUUAAAAGUAGCACCAUAAAAAUUCAGGGUGCGUGGAGAAAAUACAAAGCUAAGAAAUAUUUAUGUAAAGUGAAAGCUGCCUGCAAGAUUCAAGCCUGGUAUAGAUGUUGGAGAGCACGCAAACAAUAUCUAGCUGUAUUAAAAGCUGUUAAAAUUAUUCAAGGCUACUUCUAUACCAAACUGGAGAGAACACGGUUUUUGAAGAUGAGAGCAUCAGCAGUUUUCAUUCAGAGAAAAUGGAGAGCUAUACUUUCAGCAAGAAUAGCUCAUGAGCACUUUUUAAUGAUGAAAAUUUUAGAAAAGAGAGCCAAAAUUCGAAUUGUUCACUUUACUGCAGCAGCCUAUUACCACCUGUCUGCUCUUAGAAUUCAAAGAACGUAUAAACUUUACGUGGCUAUGAAGAAUGCUAAGAAGCAGAUUAAUUCGGUCAUCUGUAUUCAGAGGUGGUUUCGAGCAAAAUUACAACAAAAGAAGUUCAUUGAGAAAUGUCGUAACAUUGUAAAAACUAAGCAUGAAAUGCAAGAACGUCUGAACCAGCAAAAUAGGGCUGCUUCAGUAAUACAGAAAGCAGUGCGCCGUUUUCUUCUUCACAAAAGACAAGAAAAAUUUAAUAACAGAAUCACUAAAAUUCAGGCAUUAUGGAGAGGUUACUUUUGGAGAAAGAAAAAUGAUUGUACGAAAAUUAAAGCUAUCCGACUAAGUCUUCAGCUUGUUAAUAAGGAGAUUCAAGAAGAAAACAAGCUGUACAAAAGAACUGCACUUGCACUUCACGAUCUUUUGACAUAUAAGCACCUUUCUGCCAUUCUGGAGGCCUUAAAGCACUUGGAGGUAGUCACUCGAUUGUCUCCACUUUGCUGUGAGAAUAUGGCAGAGAGUGGAGCAAUUUCUAAAAUAUUUGUUUUGAUCCGGAGUUGUAAUCGUAGUGUUCCUUGUAUGGAAGUCAUCAGAUAUGCUGUACAAGUCUUGCUUAAUGUAGCUAAGUACGAGAAAACUACUUCUGCGAUUUAUGAAGUAGACAACUGUGUAGACGCGCUGCUGGAGCUGUUACAGAUGUACAGAGAAAAGCCUGGGGACAGAGUUACAGGCAAGGGGGGCAGCAUUUUCACAAAGACUUGCUGUUUGUUGGCUGUUUUGUUGAAGACAACAAAUCGAGCCUCUGAUGUACGAAGUAAGUCCAAAGUUGUUGACCGCAUUGAUAGUCUAUAUAAACUUACAGCACGUAAACAUAAAGUCAAUACUGAGAGAAUAUUCUGUAAAGGAAAGAAGAACCCUUUUACAGGCAUUCCCUGUGUUGCAGAAACACCUGUAAGGACCAGAAUGGUUUCAAGACUUAAACCAGACUGGGUUUUGAGAAGAGAUACUAUAGGAGAAAUCAUCAAUCCCCUGCAAGCUAUUCAAAUGCUGAUGGAUACAGUUGGCAUUCCCUAUUAGUACAUGUAUUAGUAUGAAGGAACCCUAAAGCUAAUCAUGAAUAUGUUGCUUUCUGUGUAUGGCUUUUGAAGUUUGGCUUUGUAUUAAAAAUAGAAAUAUACAUACCAUAACUAAACUGUAUAUUAAAUUCUUCAUUGUUUAAUGUUAAAGAGUAUAUAGAAAGCGUCUGGAGAUUUUUUUUUUUAAGAGUUCUUAGUACUGCUGUUUUCCAAACACUAUUUUUGUUGUUGUUGUUGUUGUUGACUCAUUGCUUCUUAGUCUUUAGUCAGUGGAAUUUUAGUAUAAAUAAGCAUCUGUUUACUUUAAUGAAUUCAAAGGAUUUAACUGACCACUAUAAAAGUAUAAUCUCAAAGUAUAACUGAAAGUAAAAGUAUAAUUCAAACAUGAGUAUAAACUAGUAGUUGCCCAAGAAGUAUUUAGGUGAGAACUAAAGACUAUAAAUAUUUUCUAUUUCUCUAUUAAAGUUGUGUCAUUUUAGUUUGCUGUACAGUUUGUUGAUCCAUUUAAGUUAAUUUUUGUAUACAGAAUAAAGUAUGGAUCAAAGUA